AUGGCCGAGCUGAUGGCCGGGAGCGACCACGUCCCGACGCCGAAUAUGCUCGAGUCUUCCAACGGAAACAUCACUAAAGAACCACCAGGAAACGUCCAAGUCGACGUCAACCACCUCGGAACGCCCUUCGAUCCAGCCCUCUCAAACGACUACACGGGCAAAGAAAACAACCCCGACCUCGUCGCAGCAUGGAGCAAAUACGCCUCCGCCUGCCAACAACACGGCCCGCCCUCCAUCGUGCAGAUCGUCCACCCCGGCCGACAAUCGCUGCGCAUCGCAGGUCAGCGCGGCAUCUUCGGGUCGACUAUUGCGCCUAGUGCCAUCCCCGUGCGUCUGGGCGAUAGCUACCUUGAGCAGUUCAUCAGCAUGAUUACCUUCCCGUAUCCGCGCGAGAUGACGCAGGGGGAUAUUGAGUCUGUGUCGAGGAAGUUUGUGGAUACCGCGCGGUUGAUGGCUGAUAGUGGGUUUUCGGGGAUUGAGUUGCAUGGGGCGCAUGGGUAUUUGAUUGAUCAAUUUUUGAACCCCAAGACAAACCACAGAACAGACGCCUACGGAGGCUCCGCCGAGAAACGCGCCAAAUUCGUCCUAGACAUCAUCGCCGCCACGCGCAAAGUCGUCCCUCCUACCUUCUGCAUUGGCAUCAAGCUCAACUCCGCCGAUCACAGUUCCGCCACCUUUGAAGACACCAUGACGCAGAUCGGACUUCUCGUCGACGCGGGUAUCGACUUUCUCGAAGUGAGCGGUGGAUCGUAUGAAGAUCCGAGUAUGAUGAUGGGCCAAAAAGAACCCACCCAAGAAACCAAAAGCACCCGCACAGCCGCCCGCGAAGCCUUCUUCCUCGAAUUCGCGCACGAAACCCGCAAGCGCUUCCCCUCCCUCAUCCUCAUGCUCACCGGCGGCUUCCGCACCCGCGUCGGCGCCCUCUCCGCCAUCCGCGAGAACGCCUGCGAUCUGAUCGGCAUCGGCCGGCCGUCGGCUGUGGACCCCAAGCUGCCGCUGCUGAUGCUGGAUGAGAGCGUGUCUGAUGCGGAGGCGAGGCUGCCGCUGGUGAAUGUGCCGGCGCCGUUUUAUGUGAGGAUGUUGCCGGCGAGGUCUGUGGGGGGUGGGUUGGAGAGUGGCUACUACGCGAACCAAAUCCAGCGGAUAGGAAAGGGGUUGAAGACGUGCGCUCCGUCUUUGUAA